AUGUCUGACCUGUUCUGGAAGCGCUGGGUUAAGGAGUACCUGCCCCAGCUUCAAGAGCGUCAGAAGUGGCAGAGAAUCGGACGGAACUUCAUUCCUGGGGAUGUGGUUAUCGUUGUCAAUAAUUCUGCGCCUCGUAACUCUUGGGGCUUAAUGUCUGUACAAGGGAAGGCUGUGGACCCUGGUUCAAUAAGGCCAGUCAAAGAACCAGUUUUCACAGAGACUAACAAGAUGAUCUACGUGGGCUUCUCUGAGUUCUUCUUCAAUGGGGUAGCCAUGGCAAUCUACAAUUCACGACCAUUUGAAUUUAAUGUUCCAGAGGACAGAGGAAGUAGGCCAGGGCCAACACAGUAUGCCAUAUCUCGUGUGGAUGACCUCAAAUCCAGCUUCCAACUCUUUUUACCAGAGUCCAUUGAGGGAAUCAUACUGGAGAUGACAAACCUGGAGGGGAAGCGUGUGUUUGGAGACACCUGGAGAGAAAUCGACCUGGUAGACCUCCAAGCCUACAAAGGUCUGUUGAUUUUAGCAGGAGUAUAUCGCUCAAACAAUGAGGCUACAAAAAGUCUGUGGGAUGCAGAGUCGGGCAGGCCUAUAUUCCGAGCAACCAUGUCCUUAGAACAAUUUCGUGUCCUUUCAAGAAUUAUUCGAUUUGAUAACAGAGAAACACGACAAAAUGACAAGCUGGCUGCCAUCAGGAACAUUUGGGACAGGUGGGUGGAGCGCCUACCACUUAUGUACAAUCCAGGCCCUGAGGUGACGGUUGAUGAGUGCCUGGUUCCUUUCAGAGGUCGCUGUCCCUUCAAGGUGUACCUUUCAAGCAAUCCAGGGAAAUGUGGAAUAAAGGUCUGGGUAGCAUGUGACGCCAGCAGCAGCUAUGCCUGGAAUAUGCAGGUAUACACGGGGAAACCCAGUAGUGGAGGGGCCGACAAAAACCAGGGCGUGCGUGUUGUGCUGGACAAAACAACCAGUCUGCAAGGGCAUAAUACCACAUGUGACAACAAGCCUGAACUUUCCCCUGCACAAGUAUCCACCAGAGGAAGAGAGGCUGUGUCGAAUGUUCCCACGGAGAAUAGAAAUGUCAUCCCGAUGAGCACGCUACACAAAGACGCCGCGGUCAGCACCACAGAGGACAGGAAGCCCCUUAUAAUCCAGGACUACAAGAAGAACAAAGGAGGUGUUGACUGCCUUGAUAAGCUUACUGGCACAUACACCUGCAAGCUAAUGACAGCUCGUUGGCCUGUGGCGCUGUUCCACAAGAUCCUCGAUGUGUCUGCUUUCAACGCAUAUGUGGUGUGGACAGCCAUCGACCCAACCUGGAAUCAGGGGAAGAGUUUCAGGAAGAGACUUUUCCUAGCAGAGCUGGGGAAAGCUUUGGCGACUCCUCUUAUUCAACGGCGCCAGCACAUUCCCCGCACACCAGCCUCUGCCAGUCUGGUUAAGAGUGUGCAAGCCCCAGCCCCAGCCACUGGCCUGGCUGCUCUCCCCCAACAAAGACACGGGCAGAAAAGGAAGCGCU